AUGUCCCCGCCGCAGUUUGGUCGCCUGUGCCUCCUCACCCGCCCACCACAUGGCGUCCCCGGGCUCGCUGUGCUGCUGCUGCCAUUCUGGGCAGGGGCCCACUGCCCUUGCCAGGAUCCAGCGUUGUGCCAGCCCAUCACCCAGCACCGUGACUUCGAGGUUUUUGUUUUUGAUGUUGGAAAUAAAACUUGGAAAUUUUAUGAUUGGUCACAGAUUACAACUGUGGUGAUUUUUGGAAAAUAUGACCCAGAACUUAUGUGUUAUGCUCAUUCACAUGGAGCCAGAGUAGUGCUAAAAGGAGAUGCACCCUUAAAGGAUAUCACUGAUCCUAUUUUCAGAGCAUCCUGGAUAGCUCAAAAAGUUAAGUUGGCCAAAACACAAUAUAUGGAUGGAAUUAAUAUAGACAUAGAGCAAGAAGCUAAUUGUUUAUCACCGGAAUAUUAUGCAUUAACCACUUUAGUCAAAGAAACCACAGACUCUUUCCAUCGUGAAAUUAAGGGAUCACAGGUAACCUUUGAUGUAACUUGGUCUCCAAAGUGCAAAGACAGGUGCUAUAAUUAUGCUGGAAUUGCAGAUGCUUGUGACUUUCUCUUUGUGAUGUCUUAUGAUGAACAAAGUCAGGUCUUGUCAGAAUGUAUUGCAGCAGCCAAUGCUCCCUAUAAGGAGACAUUAACUGGGUAUGAUGACUACAUCAAGAUAGGCAUUAGCCCUAACAAACUUGUAAUGGGUGUUCCCUGGUAUGGUUAUGAUUAUACCUGUCUAAAUCUAUUAGAGGGUUGUGUUUGUACCAUUCCAAAAGUCCCUUCCUGGAGGGCUUCUUGUGGUAUUACCUCAGGACGUCAGGUGCCCUAUAAAAUAAUUAUGAAGCAAGUCAAUAGUUCUAUUUCUGGAAGCCACUGGGAUAAAGAUCAGCAAGCUUCUUAUUAUAAUUAUAAAGAUUCUUCUGGCCAUUUUCAUCAAGUGUGGUAUGAUAACCCUCAGAGCAUUUCUUUAAAAGCAGCAUAUAUACAAAAGCAUGGCUUGCGAGGCAUUGGCAUGUGGCAUGCAAAUUGUCUUGACUAUUCUGGAGAUGCUGUGGCCAAACAGCAAACUGAAGAAAUGUGGAAAGUCUUAAAACCAAAGCUGUGA